CCAUACCAACAAAUAUUGAGAUCAAGAAUACGGUCACUGUCUAUCGUAAAAGGCGACUAAAAGGGGGAUGUAACGUAAGAGGACAUAACUGAUGUAAAAAUACCUGUAUCAGAGAGUGAGAAACGGUGUUAAAAGUAAGCGAAUGAAAUGAUCUUAAAAUCGAGAAAAAUGUGUACCGAAUGUAACGUCGUACAGGGGCAUAUAGACUUGAUAUCUUUUACAAACACCGUCUCUCGGAUGAUUGUUGGGAAAUUCCUUGAAAAAAGGUAGACAGCACCCGAAGGAAAACCUUUAAUCAACGAAUGAACAUGAAGGAUUGUUCGAAAGUGGCACUAGUUACCAAAGGGUAACCUACUUACUAGCGUGAUCGUUUUAUAGACGUAGAUACGCGCGGAGAUGAAAGAAGAGGUGAAGAAAUGAAUUGUCAACAUAGCGUUUCAGAGUAUACGUUUAAAAAGGAGAAUCAAGCGUAAUGAAGUGGGAGAGAUCCCGCGGGGAAACGAUCAUUAUCAUCGUAGCGACUGAUGAUAAAUCGUAUAGAAACGUUGUCGGUAUAACAUGUACUUAUGUACGUGAAUCGGUCGUCGGUGUUGCGCCGGUUUCUGAAAACGAAAAAUUGACGUUUGUGUUGGACAGCCUUACGUAAUACAUAGUACACGAAGAGAACUAAUUGAUAAGGUCUAUUAAUCUUAGGAUCUGAGUAGUGCUCGAUUUUAUAAAUCCAAUGAGUACUUAAAGAAGCACAUAUAAGUUAUUGUUUGAAGACCACGCGGCCAUAGCUCGUCGGGAAGUGAUUGAACGGGAAGCGAAUUUUGAACACGGUGGAUAUACAGAUUUCUGUUAUUCUUUAACGCGUAAUCAUGAGUAACGAUGACAAAGAAUUGAAGGAGGUUGUGCUUCGUGAUCUGGAGCCGGUUUUGCAUCAGAAAAUCGACAAUAAAUUUACUAUCGAGAAUUUCACGACCAAAUCGUUGUUACCGCCCGGGGAGAAUUAUGGAAGCUCGAUUUUCAGUGUCCAUGUCGAAUUGAAGAAUGAGAAAACUGGAAAAAAGGAGGAACUUGAGCUGAUCGCGAAGAUGGUACCACCGACCGAGUUCCAGAGACGUUUAUUCAACAGCUCUCGUACAUUUAUGAAAGAGAUCUUUAUGUACGACACCAUCAUCCCGGCGUACAAUAAACUGGAACUCGAGUGCGGGUUCAGGGAGAGCGAAUUGUUCGACAUUGCAGCGAAAUUUUAUGGAUCCAGGUUGUCGUCGCAGCCGGGUACCGAUUUCGACGACAACGCGGUUAUUCUGAUGGAUAAUUUGAAGGUCAAGGGUUAUUACACCGGUGAUAGAUCUAAAGGUUACGACUUAGAACACGCGGAAAUGACAGUGAAAGCAUUAGCGAGAUUCCACGCUUUAGGAAUAGCUACCAAGAUAAAGAAGCCUGGUAUUUUCGAGGUGUUCAAGAUGUACGCAAAAUCAUUGCCCGGUGAGAGCGUCGGUGGAAGCAUGUUUAAAUUGAUCUUGAGCAAAAUAAAGGAGGAUCCGGAAAUGAAUCCGUAUUUCGAUAAAUGUUACAAAAUCUUUACGGAAGUGACGAUAGAUAAUAUCUGGAACGACACUCUUCGUGAACCAUGGACGACCAUCAUUCAUUCGGACUUCUGGGUGAACAACGUGAUGUUUCGUCGGAACGAGAAGGGCGCUGUCGAUGACGUGAAAUUCAUCGACUUUCAAAUAUACCUAUACGGUAGUCCGAUACGCGAUUUAUUGUUUUUCUUGUUCUCGAGCGUGGAACUGGAGGUAACUGACGAAGAAAUAGAGAAUCUAAUGGAUGAGUAUUACGUAGCGUUCAUAAAGACGUUAGAGAAAAUGGGAUGUAAAACUGACGUUUUCACCAAGGAGGGAUUCAAAGAGAAAAUGCACGAGGAUGCCGAGCGUGAAUUCGUACAUUUGUGCUUCAUGGUAAAGAUACUCACGUUGAGCGUGAGUGACAUUGAUGAUUUCAAUUAUGAUAAAAUGCAAAACGUUUUGAAUGAAUACAAAGGUAACGAUUUGUUCAUCGAACGGCUACGCAGAGUGGUGUUAUCUUUCGUUAAACGUAAUUGGAUCUAAAUAAACCGUUAGAAUACGAUA